GUGAUUAUGUUUUGUAUAUAAUAUUGUAAACGGUACGUCAUAGAACCUUGGUUGUAAGACUGAAAGAAUUCUAUGUUUAUUUAUUAAUUUUACUAUUAUUUCAUUGGUUCAUUGGUUGGGACAGAGUGACAGCGCUUGAAGUUUUGUUAUUGUUGACAGAGGACCGGAGUUUUGUGAUAGCGUAGUAGGAGCCAUUAUAAGGCAGUUUGAUAGUUAAUGUAUAUUUAGGAAUUCAGCUUUUGUUGGCAUUAUCUACAGUUAUAAUUUAUUCUUAUUUCUUUAUUAAAUAUUUCUUAUUCCUAACGCAUCCCUGGUGUUCUUGAAGUAUUGCAUAUGUAAUGUAUACACGUCAAAGUCAUAGGCUACAAGUUCACAACAAUCACAACAAUGGUGGAGCAGCAAGUGUGUCAACAAGUUGACAGGUGAACUAAUUCAUCCUUAUAGUUGUUAUCUAUUAUCUUCUGGUCAGCAGUAAGCCCUACUGACUUCAAAUAUAGGGCUAGAAAAUCAAUUAACUCAGGGACUAAAAGGCUUGUCCUAAAGUAUAAGAACAAACCUACGUCCAUAAAAUGGCCGAGAAAGUAUACGGUGACCUACUAAAACUAUAUGAAACGGGGAAGAGUCUUGGCUACCAGAGAGAAGAAUUGGACGAGUGGGUUGCUAAAAUCAUAAGACAGAAUGAGGAGAGAGAUACUAGAAUGGAAGAUAGGAAACAAAGGGCGAAAGUAGAAGAAGAAGAAAGGAAAGAAAAGGCGAAAAUAGAAGAACGGAAGAUGGCAAUGCAGGAAGAAGAGGUGAGAUUUAAAUGGAAACUAGAAGAGGACCAAGUAGCGGCCAAAAUAAAAAGAGACGACGAGGAAUCGAAGGCCAAAAUUGCCGCAAUAGAAAAAGAGAGUAAAGCAAAGGAUGUAGAGGAGCAGGAAAAUAGAGACACGAGGAAAAGAAAUACGCCCCAAACAAAGAGACAAAAAUUCGUGGAAGGCACGGAUAAGAUGGAUGCAUUUAUCAACAGAUUUGAAAUGCUGAUGAAACUUGAAAAGGAACCACAACACGAAUGGGCCAUACAACUUCUCAGUUUGGUCGGAGGAAAGGCCCUCGAUGCACUACAAGUCCUAAGCGAUGACGAGGUAGCAAACUAUGCCAUCCUCAAGAAAACAUUACUUGAUUUCUAUCAAUACAGCGAGGACGACUACCGACAGAAGUUUCAUGAGCUAAAACCACCAUCAGACGGCAACAUGAAGCAAUUUGUUUCUGAUGUGAAAAUAACGUUCGAAAAAUGGGUUCAAGCGUCUGGAAUUGAAGAAUCCUUCGAGAGUCUGAAGCAGUUUAUCAUCGUGGACAAAAUCAUAUCAACAGCUGGGAGGCAUUUGUUUGCUUUCCUACAGGAAAGAAAACCGAGAAGUGUCGAGACCGUUAUGGAACUGUGUCAAACUUAUGUAGCGGCACAUCCGGGCGAAAUACUACAAAAGAUUGGAAACAGUGAAGAAAUCGAAUUUGCCGCCGCAGCAGUCUCUACAACAGCACGAUUUACAAAGGAAGAAACAGCGCAACAACAUAGUUCACCACAAAACAGAGAUAUACAAAGAGAACGAAAUGAUUAUAGACUAAAUCAGUCACCGGCCCAGAGAAGUGAAGUGAGAUGCUACAACUGUGGGAGAAUGGGGCACAUAGCGAAGUAUUGUCGAGAUACCCGGAGAACAGAAUACUACAAGGACGAUGUUGUAGCUCAUGUUGGAGGCUUGGCGGAUAGCCUUUCACCGUACGUAUGUCCAGCUAUAGCAAAUGGCUAUCAUACCCACGCCCUACGCGAUACUGGGGCCACCAAAUGUGUACUCUUAGCUAAACUUGUGAGACCUCACCAGUACACUAAGAGACAAUGCAGAGUACAAGGUUUCGGAGGGCAAAUAAAGAGCUACCCAACAGCUAUAGUACACAUUAACUCUCCGUAUUUCAAUAAAAAGAUUGAAGCUAUAGUUGUUGAGAAUGGUCCAUUCGAAGUGGUGAUAGGGAAUGUACCAAAUAUAGAGUGUCCCAGUGAGGCUCAGAUCGACAGAUGGAAACAAUUUUUUAACUGGGAGCCAACACAAGAAGCUGAUGACAUCGACCAAUCAGCAACAACUGAAUUUCAAGGGAAACCACAAAUGAGACAAGACUACGAUCCUACAGACGAAGAAAACUGUAGUCAAACAAUUCCUUUAGAAACGAUACAACAAGUUGAAGGCAGACAACAAAAACUAAAACCAGAACAAGAAAGUUUUGAUCAUGUUGGCAGUAACGAAAAUAAGGAAGAUUUAUUUGCGCACCAGACGGCCAUAGUUAAAAGCAACCCAAGAAAAUACCCCACAAGUGUUACAGAAGGCGGAAAAACGGAAUUUGACGUCGUCGAAGAAGAGAAACGAAAGGAAACAGCAAACGUAACUGGUCCAGGUGGUUCUAAUGUGCAGGGCAGUAGAGAUUCUGCUGGCCAAAGUAGCUGUAGGACGAGUGGAUGGUAUCUAUGGUACAGAGAAAAUGGCAAUGGAGGAAGGCGGCAGUACCCAGAGGACCGAGGAGAAUUCCAGCCUCAAAGAUACCAAGGCUAUCAAGGACGUAGACCUUGUUACAGACGCAACAGAUAUUAUGGCAACCCACCAGUCAACAGAUAUUAUGGCAGCCCACCAGUCAACAGAUAUUAUGGCAGCCCACCAGUCAACAGAUAUUAUGGCAACCCACCAGUCAACAGAUAUUAUGGCAGCCCACCAGUCAACAGAUAUUAUGGCAGCCCACCAGUCAACAGAUAUUAUGGCAGCCCACCAGUCAACAGAGACCACAGAGAGAAACGUUUUACAACUAUGUUCCAAGGGCAGCGCACGCUCUAGUAGUGUAAUGAAUUUUUUGAUUGACAGUGGUGGCGAAAUUGAAGGCUGACCGGAUCCUAGAAUGUGCAUGUAUUUUGAAGCUACACAUGUGUAGAGCUACUAGUAUAGUUGGACUAAAUUUCCUCAAGGUCAAGGUCAAAGAGAGAGUUACAAUCAUACUGUAGGUGACUGUGUGUGUGUGUGGAGACUACUUUUAGUUCCUGUGAAUGAAAAAAACAAAACAAAGUGAACAUACCCGUAUCGAAAUGUUAGGCAGAAUAUUUUACUUAGUGACCUUUGAUCUAGCGACCAGAAAGAAACAACUGUGCGUUAGUAUGAGACAAUGUGAAUCUAUCUGUACCAGUCACAAGUUCGAUGUGUAUAGAGACAUUGUUGCUUAUCAACUGGCAGUACUUUCUCGUAUUGACUUUGAGUCACUCUUGAUGAAGACGAUGUGCAUCAAGUUUGAAAACAGCAACAGAGCAGAUGGUUAACAGUUCCUCUCUCCCCCCCCCCCCAACUACAUUUGAUCAGAUUGUAGAGCAUUGUCAACAUUUACCCCGCUACAUUUAAUCCUUUUGUGUGGGAAGAACGUGUUUUGAAACCUGAGCGUAUGCGACUAUGUAAUUCUGGUUAGUGCCUACACCACCAACAGAAAGAUGCUAUCUACACUUGUCACUGUUAACAUCAACGUUACCCUCAGAGAAUACAGAACUAGUGAAGAAACAAGGGGACGUCUGACAGUACAAGUCCUUUGGUGGGGCAGCUUACCACCAUAACACCCUCAGAACAAUUGACCCCACCUUGUAGAAAUAGAGAGACCAUUACACAUUGACUUUCGUUAUUGAGCUUCAUAGCUGGAGACCUUAGAAAGAACUGUAAAUAACAUAUCGAGAAUGAUGUUGAAGUUGUUGAAUUGUUUAAUGUACUCAGAGACGACCUAACUAUAGACUUGAUGUCCUGUUUUAUAAUUAUUCUACUCUAAGGUUAAAUGUAAGGAAAUGAAUG